UGUCGAAGAAAAUGUGAGAAGAGGUGAGCGAAUAGCUUUCGAUAGCUAUUAUCAAUCGACGCGAUAGAAAAUCAGCGAUAACACGACACGAGCGAGAACGAGAAGUGGGUGUUUGCGACUGGCUAAUGCGAUUUAAGAUCAUCGAACGGAAUUGUCAGUAGUUUUCUUUUCGUUCUUAGGAACUUGUUUCGAAUUCUCGGAUCGAAGUCUCGCGCCACUUCACCGACAAAGUGAAACAAAAGGGUGCAAUAGUAACGCGAGCCGCCAAAUUCACUUUCGCAGCAAUUGUUUCUACUUCGAUCGAUGAAACUGGAAAUUUGGAUCGGACCGUAUCAUUUCCGAUGAUCUUAUAAUAAGUGCGGAAAGAUUCGUGACACUUAUUCGAAAUAUUUAAACAGGAAAAGUUUGAAAAUAAUUAGAGAGUGAAUAAUUAGAAAAAUAAAUCGCAUCGCGAUUUCUUCAGGAUUGAAAUGCUUCGAAUCGUCGAGUUGUCCGGAUAAUUGGCUCAUCCUGAUCGACGGCGUAACGAUCGAAAAAAGAAACUAGAGGGCGGAGAUUCACGAAGAAAAGGAUGGACUCGAAAAGGGGAAUCGUUGGUCGUAUAAUUCGGCCCAGUAGCGAAACAGUGAUGAACGAGGUUUCGUCGUUUUCGUUCAAGUGUUCGGAAUAGUACAACGAUCUCGUUCAAAAAAAGAAAAGUAUACGAAACGUGAAUAAAGGAAGAAGAGUCGUAUAGAGAAACGUACACACAUACAUGGGUAUCAAUUGGAUCAUCGCAUUGACGAUCGCCUGGCUAACGUGUCCGGUGAAUGGGAAAAUGACUUGUCGUGAAGUACAACUGGCUCGUGAGUGCGAAGCUCUUUGUAAAAAAAAUCGUCACGGUGGCAUUUCCUGUGAAUUGAGAGUAGCUCUCCUCUUACCAGCCGAUCCAAGCUUUGAUAUAGCGUUGCCGAAAGUUCUUCCAGUUCUCGAUUUGGCCGUCUAUGAAGCCAAAUUACGAGGUCUUUUACCUUCUUGGUUGAAAUUAAAGUUUCUUUCGCAAGACGAUCAUUGCGAUGCAACGUACGCCCAAAUUGGCGCGAUCGAUAGCUUCUCGAAUUGCGUACAUUUGUUCCUCGGCCCUGCUUGCGAUUAUUGCGUAGCGGCCGUUGGCAGAGUGGUAAAAUUCUUCGGCGCACCGUUAAUUACUACCGGUGGAUUUACCUUCGAUUUUACGCAAAAGAAAACAGAAUGCAAGGACGAGUACUUUAUGACAACCCGAGUUGGAAAUUUGGCCUUCAGAGAUCUCGCCAAUUUCUUCAUCGCUUUGAUGAAUCGAUACGAGUGGCGGAAGGUGCAUCUGGUCUACGCGACUAACGGACAGAGUCAGCUCGCCGGCAGACAUACUUGUCAGCUAAUGAUGAAGUCCAUGGUAGAAUUUAUCAAGAAGCAGCCAAACUUUACGUUCGGCACGUUCGACGUCGAAACUACCGUCCCUAAAGAUUAUCCGGAGGCGUUGCAAAAUCACGUGGGCAAUUGGUACGGUGAUGCUUUCUUCGGCCCUGUAUGCGACUACGUGAUAGCACCUGUGGCCCGAUACGCCGGCAUAUGGGGUAUUCCCGUGUUGACCGCAGGUGCUCAGGCCGAAGCGUUCCGUUACAAGAGCGAACAUUAUCCAACAUUGACCAGAAUGAUGGGUUCUCAUCGGCUGGUAGGCGAGGCGCUCAGACAUAUUUUGGAGCGAUUCGGAUGGAAAAUCGCCGGUCUGCUUUAUCACAAUCACGCGAUGGCCAGCAGCCGUGGCAAUUCGGAAUGCCACUUUACUUUGGGCGCUGUUUUCACGGCCCUCGGUCAAACGUCGGUUCACAAAAGUUUCAACCAGGAAACGACCACUGUCCAAGAUUAUCGAGAUUUGCUCACUUUUCUCGCGAAAUCCGCCAGAAUCGUGGUGAUGUGUGCCAAUUCGACGACCAUCAGAGAGAUACUUUUGGCCGCGGAACAGCUUGGAAUGGUCGAUUCCGGGGAAUACGUGUUCUUUUCCAUAGAACUCUCGUCCAGCGAUAACAACUCGAAGGAGCCAUGGAGGGUGGAGGGCGACACGGUGGAAAGGAACGAAAAAGCGCGGAAAGCUUAUCAAGCACUGUUAACGGUCACCGCUCGAACCCCCGACAACAUCGAAUAUUUGAAUUUUUCGCGAGAGGUGAAAGCGCUCGCGCAAACAAGAUACAAUUUCACUUUUGGGAGCAACUCGGUCUCGACAUUCGUGACCGCGUUUUACGAUGCGGUCAUACUUUACGCCCUCGCGCUUAAAGAGAGCUUACCGGAACAUCCUGACAGAAUAAAUCUGGACGGCGGUGACCUCACACGGAGAAUGUGGGGUAGAAGUUUCAAAGGUAUAACCGGAGAUGUGAACAUCGACGAGAAUGGGGACCGAAUAGCGGAUUACUCCCUUCUCGACAUGAAUCCAGAAACGUCGAAAUUCGAGAUCGUCGCCAAUUAUUACGGUGCCAAUAAGACGUUGCAAUACGUAGCUGGGAAAAGGAUUCAUUGGUCGGGUGGCCGAUCAAAACCACCACCUGAUACACCCACUUGCGGUUUCGACGGCUCCUUGUGCCCUGAUAAUACUCUUCCAGGAUACGCGAUUCUCUCGAUGGUCUUGAGCUCUAUCGUCGUCUUUCUCUUCGUCGGCUCGGUGUUCAUAUACAGGCACUUUAAGCUCGAGGCGGAAAUAGCUUCUAUGACGUGGAAGGUGCACUGGAACGAUAUUAUCUUCGUGCCGAACGCGAAAACCCGAGGCUCCAUGUUUUCCUUGAUCGCGAACAAGAUGCGCGGUAGUCAACUGACCAUAUACUCGGACGAAAAUAUUAGUAUGCCAGGUGAAAUAGACAGAAACGUCUACAUUCCAACCGGAAUUUACAAGAACUCUACAGUGGCCAUAAAACUCAUACCGAGGAAAAAGGUGGAAAUCUCACGGCCUUUGUUGCUGGAAUUGAAACGGAUGAAGGAUCUUCAACACGAUCACCUAGUCCGAUUUUACGGUGCUUGCAUCGAACCACCGUACUGUUGCCUUUUGACCGAGUACUGCCCUAAAGGAUCUCUCCAGGAUAUAUUGGAAAACGAGCAGAUCAAAUUGGAUCGCGUGUUCCGUGGAUCGUUGAUCCACGAUAUAGUGCGAGGGAUGGUGUAUCUUCACGCGUCCGAGGUGAAGAGUCAUGGAAAUCUGAAAUCGUCCAACUGCGUGGUCGAUUCACGCUUCGUCCUCAAGAUCGCCGACUUUGGAUUGCACGAGUUGAGGAGGCCUGCUUACUGCGAGCCGGAAGUCGACAAGAACAAUUACGCGUUUUGGAGGGGGCAGCUGUGGACGGCACCGGAAUUAUUGCGAAUGGAAAGGCGGCCACCCGAGGGCACCCAGAAGGGUGAUGUGUACAGUUUCGCUAUAAUCGUUCACGAGAUCGUGGUACGCCAGGGGCCAUUUUACUUGGGCGAAGAUUACGACUUUUCCCCGCAAGAAAUAGUGGAAGGAGUGAAAAGAGGAGGUGGUUCUCCGUUGAGACCGGCGAUCGACGAUGCCGCGGUCGAGGAAGAGGUGGCCACCUUGAUGAGGAAAUGUUGGGCGCAAGACGCCGCAGACAGACCAGAUUUUCCCGCGCUCAAGCAGACCAUAAGGAAAAUUAACAAAGAUUACGAGAGCAGCAACAUUCUCGAUAAUCUGCUCUCUCGUAUGGAGCAGUACGCGACGAAUUUAGAAACGUUGGUGGAGGAACGUACAGCGGAUUAUCUGGAGGAGAAACGCAAGUGCGAGGAACUCUUGUAUCAAUUGUUACCAAAGUCUGUCGCAUCCCAGUUGAUAAUUGGACAGAGCGUGAUAGCCGAAACUUACGAUCAAGUCACUAUCUACUUCAGCGAUAUCGUAGGAUUUACUAAACUCUCGGCCGAGAGUACACCACUUCAAGUGGUGGAUUUAUUGAACGAUCUGUACACGUGUUUCGACUCCAUCAUAGAAAAUUUUGAUGUUUAUAAAGUGGAGACGAUAGGCGACGCUUACAUGGUGGUGUCAGGAUUACCGGUGAGGAAUGGAACGAAUCAUGCCAGGGAAAUCGCCAAGAUGAGUUUAGCGUUAAGAGACACCGUGAUGACGUUUAGAAUACGUCACAGACCAAACGAGCAACUGAAGCUUCGAAUUGGAAUGCAUUCCGGGCCUUGCGUGGCUGGUGUCGUUGGUCUGAAGAUGCCCAGGUAUUGUUUAUUCGGGGACACUGUGAACACUGCAUCCAGGAUGGAAAGUAAUGGAGAAGGUAAUGCCAGUAUGGUUUAUUUCUUCAAACGUUUUCUCUUAAGAAUAUGUAUUAUAUUUUUUCCAUUUGCAGCUCUAAAGAUCCACGUCAGCCCAAAGACGAAAGAAAUUCUGGAUACCUUUGGGACGUUUGAACUCGUUUGUAGAGGCGAGGUUACCUUGAAGGGUAAAGGUACGAUGACCACCUACUGGUUGAUCGGUGAAAAACCAAUGAAUAGGAAUGUUCAGGAAACAAUCACCGUGUCCUCGGUGAUGACAACAGUAACAUCCAUGACAACGACGAGCAAUCAAGUGUCGAUCGAGCAACCACGAUCUCACGAGGAUCGUGGAAGCGUAGCUGCGUAUCAACCGGUGCAAUCGAAAACGCACGAGGUUCAAUCGGCGACAAACAAACAGAAUUGUCAAGAACAAAAUCAUCGGGCGGCGCAAAAGGGGGUUCAAGAGCAGCAAAGAACACAGUCGAGUCAGCAGAAAGGUCAAGAGCAUCGGCAACAACAGGUUGGAGGACAAGGCGGGAGUCCGGAAUUGCAGAAUCGCGGCAAGGGAGGCAGUGGUAGCAAGGAUAGAAGUGGUGGCGAUGGUGGCCGCGGUGGUGGGAAGGAAGAUGGUGGAGGUGGAGGUGGGGGUGGAAAUAGAGAUUGGAACGACGGUAACAAGGACGAGAGCAAGGUGGAGAGACAAGGUGGAGAGACAUUUACCAAGGGAAACGGUUUAACGAGUCGUGUACGUACGAUAAGCAACGGUUCGUCCGCUUCACCGUCUCGUAAUCAUUCUCUCGGUUCGACAUCGUCGACCGUCAAUCUUUCACAGGGGCGACGGCCCUAUCAAGCUAGCGAAAGCGUGGCGAAUCACACGGAAAGCGGUUCGAGCGCACCCCUCCUUGUACCCACGACACCCCCCUCGAGAGUUUAGUUCCUUUCCUUCGUUCUUUUAUCCUCGCCAAACACGUACACACCUUGCGAUCUUCCGAAUAAAUCAUCCUCGAUAUACGUGUAUCAUCAUGUAGAGUAGCAGCUGAUUAACUUUCGGAUCGGUAACUAUCCGAUCGAAAUUUGGGUCCACACGUUCGAAAGAAUUUCUUUCGAAGUAAAAAAAAAAAAAAAAAAAAAAAA